AAGUGAUUAGCAACGCAGGUAGAUAUUUGGACACACACCUGCGGACAUUAUCGCCAGUGCUUCACUGUAUCUCUAUAUACAAAGACUCCUCUCUCUCAUCUAUUUUCCCUCCAAACUCCUCCAUUCUCUCUCUCCUCUAUUCUCACUCUAUCUCUCCAAACUCCUUUCCACUAUGACAGAAGGGACAAUGGAACUGGGUGACAUGGGGACAUCCCUGAUGGCAUCAGACUCUAAGAAAGCACCGGUCCAGCCUCCCAACAAGUUUGAGCGCCUGGUCCAGCCGUGUCUGGCUGAGCUGGUGGGGACCAUGUUCUUUGUGUUCAUCGGCUGUGUGUCGGUCAUAGAGAACGUGGAGGCAGCAGGGAGGCUGCAGCCAGCUCUGGUCCAUGGUCUGGCUGUGGCAGUCAUGGUGGCGUGCAUGGCAGAGAUCAGCGGCUCCCAUUUUAACCCACCGUUUACCAUUGCUAUCUACCUGUGUGGAGGCAUGAAGCUGAAUAUGGUGGGGCCCUACCUCAUCAGUCAGCUCAUAGGGGGUGUGCUAGGUGCUUCCAUGUCGAAGCUGAUGACCACAACAGAGAACUACUCCAAGGCCCAGGGGGCAGCGUUUGCCCUGCUGCAAUCACAAGAUCAGCUGUGGGGGGCUCUGUUUGGGGAGAUAGCCAUGACCUGCCUGGUCACCAUGGUGGUGCUGCUGGGGGCGGUCAACGCCAAGAGUAGCAGCCCCAUGGUUCCCUUCAUGGUGGGCUGUACUGUCAUCAUCAACAUCCUGGCUGGUGGAGAUGUGUCUGGAACCUGUCUGAACCCGGCCAGAGCCCUGGGUCCUGCUAUAGUGGCCAACUACUGGACCUACCACUGGGUUUACUGGGUAGGACCCAUCACUGGUGGACUGGUGGCUGCUGCACUGGUUAGACUACUGCUUGGAGACCGGAAGACACGUAUUCUCAUGAAGUAAUAUCACAUAUCGAGUUGACAGGUCUGAGAUUACCAUUGUUGUUACAUACGGUACCAGUCAAAAGUUUGGACACACCUACUCAUUCAAGGGUUUGUCUUUAUUUUUACUAUUUUCUACUUUGUAGAAUAAUAGUGAAGACAUCUAAACUAUGAAAUAACACAUGGAAUCAUGUCGUAGCCAAAAAAGUGUUAAACAUAUCAAAAUAUAUUUUAGAUUUUAGAUUCUUCAAAAUAGCCACCCUUUCCACACUCUUGGUAUUCUCCCAACCAGCUUCACCUGGAAUGCUUUUCCCACAUAUGCUGAGCACUUGUUGGCUGUUUUUCCUUCACUCUGCGGUCCAACUCUUCCCAAACCAUCUCAAUUGGGUUGAGGUCGGGGGACUGUGGAUGCCAGGUCAUCUGAUGCAGCACUCCAUCACUCUCCUUCUUGGUCCUGUUGAAAAACAAAUGAUAGUCCCACUAAGCACAAACCAGAUGGGAUGGCGAAUAACUGCAGAAUGCUGUGGUAGCCAUGCUGGUUAAGUGUGCCUUGAAAUCUAAAUAAGUCACCAGCAAAGCACCCCCACACCAUCACACCUCCUCCAUGAUUUACGGUGGGAGCCACACAUGCAGAGAUCAUUCAUUCACCUACUCUGUGUCUCACAAAGACAAAGCAGUUGGAACCAAAAAUCUCACAUUUGGACUCAUCAGACCAAAGGACAGAUUUCAACCGGUCUUAUGUCCAUUACUCAUGUUUCUUGGCCCAAGAAAGUUUCUUCAUCUUAUUGGUGUCCUUUAGUAGUGAUUUCUUUACAGAAAUUUGACCAUGAAGGCCUGAUUCACACUGUCUCUUCUGAACAGUUGAUGUUGAGAUGUGUCUGUUACUUGAACUCUGUGAAGCAUUUAUUUGGGCUGGAAUCUGAGGCUGGUAACUCUAAUGAAUUGAUCCUCUGCAGCAGAGGUAACUCUGGGUCUUCCUUUCCUGUAGCGGUCCUCAUGAGAGCCAGUUUCAUCUUAGCGCUUGAUGGUUUUUUCAUCCUGCACUUGAAGAAACUUUCACAGUUCUUGAAAUUUCCGGAUUGACUGACCUUCAUGUCUUAAAGUAAUGAUAGACGGUCCUUUCUCUUUGCUUAUUUGAGCUGUCCUUGCCAUAAUAUGGACUUGGUCUUUUACCAAAUACGGCUAUCUUCUGUAUACCAACCCUAUCAUGUCACAACACAACUGAUUGGCUCAAACGCAUUAAGAAGGAAAGAAAUUCCACAAAUGAAUGUUUAACAAGGCACACCUGUUAAUUGAAAUGCAUUCCAGGUGACUACCUCAUGAAGCUGGUUUAGAGAAUGCCAAGAGUGUGCAAAGCUGUCAUCAAGGCAAACGGUGGCUACUUUGAAAAAUCUCAAAUAUAAAAUAUAUUUUGAUUUGUUUAACACGUUUUUGGGUACUACAUGAUUCCAUAUGUGUUAUUUCAUAGUUUUGAUGUCUUCACUAUUAUUAUACCAUGUAGAAAAUAGUACAAAUAAAGAGAAAUUCUUAAAUGAGUAGGUGUGUCUAAACGUUUUACUGGUACUGUAUAUUAUCACCAUUAUUGUUAUUAUUAUCAUCAUUAUUGCUAUAUUAUCACCAUUGUUGUUGUAUAUAUUAUCACCAUAAUUGUUAUAUUAUCACCAUUGUUGUU